AACUGAUUUGUCUAGGGUCAAAACAACACCACCACCACCACCAAAUCAGAUCCACACAACACACACACACACACACUUGUAUCAAUCAAUUGAGAUCAAAAUCAGUGGAUCAUCAGAUCAGAUCUGAAAUUAAAGAAGAAAGAUGUUUUUGUUCGAUUGGUUUUAUGGAAUAUUGGCGUCGUUAGGAUUAUGGCAAAAAGAAGCCAAGAUCUUAUUCCUUGGCCUCGAUAAUGCCGGCAAAACUACCUUGCUUCACAUGCUCAAAGACGAGAGAUUAGUUCAACAUCAGCCAACGCAACAUCCGACAUCUGAAGAAUUGAGUAUUGGAAAGAUCAAAUUCAAAGCUUUUGAUUUAGGAGGUCAUCAGAUCGCCCGUAGAGUCUGGAAGGAUUAUUACGCCAAGGUUGAUGCGGUGGUGUAUCUUGUGGAUGCAUAUGAUAAGGAACGGUUUGCAGAGUCGAAGAAGGAAUUGGAUGCACUUCUUUCUGAUGAGAAUCUGUCUGCAGUGCCAUUCCUGAUAUUGGGUAACAAGAUUGACAUAGCGUAUGCAGCCUCAGAGGAUGAAUUGCGCUUCCACCUUGGACUCACUGGUGUAACCACCGGCAAAGGGAAGGUAAAUCUCCAGGAUUCUAGUGUCCGCCCGUUGGAAGUAUUUAUGUGCAGCAUUGUGCGCAAAAUGGGUUAUGGUGAUGGAUUUAAAUGGGUCUCUCAAUACAUCAAGUAGAAGGGGAAUUUAACUCAAGAAGUAUCUGGAAAAGCAAAAAAUAAGAGGUAAGGAAGAAUAUUAUGAUUUUCCCCAAUUUGAUUUUUGAUUUAUUUUGUAAGUGGGAUUUUGUUUGAUGUGGAUGUGUGGAAGAAAGUACUCUAUUUGUUGAUCUGUAAAAUUUAAGUUGUAGCUUGCUUAGACCAAAUUGCUAGUUUGAAUUUUACUAUAUUAAACUUUUUUGCAA